AUGGUGUUGGAGAGCUUGGUGGCCAACCUGUUGAACAGGUUCCUGGGCAUGUAUGUCCAGAACUUCAACCCGAAUCAGCUGAACGUUGGCAUCUUGGGCGGAGACGUGAAGCUACGAAACCUCGAGCUGAAACGGGAAGCUCUCGACCAGUUUCACUUGCCACUCAACGUCGUCGAAGGCCACAUCAGUUCUCUCAUACUGAAGAUACCCUGGUCCAAUCUACGGGGACAGCCUGUCCGGAUCAACAUUGAAGAUGUCUUCCUUCUUGCCUCGCCGAAGGAGGACCAGGAGUACAAUCCAGAGGAAGAGGCGAGGCGAGCACAUGCCGUCAAGAUGGAGAAGCUGGACAGUGCAGAACUGCUGAAAGAGAGGAACACAGAAGGCAUGUCGCAGGCAGAACAGCAGAAACAACAGUCCUUCACCGCCGCUCUGACCACCACUAUCAUCGACAACGUGCAGAUCCAGAUCAAGAACGUUCAUAUUCGCUACGAGGACGCUCUAUCUGAUCCUGGCCACCCCUUUGCCGCCGGCAUCACCCUGCAAGAGUUGAGCGCCGUGUCAACAGAUGAGAACUGGAAGCCAACAUGGAUCCAGAACGCAAGCGCUACCACACAUAAGCUUGCCACCCUGGGCUCACUUGCUGUAUACUGGGAUACGGACACAGAAUUGCUGGGCACAGGCACUGGCUCUAAGGACACCAGAGAGGAUGCUCCCAGUCACGACGACAUCAUGAAGAAGCUUAGUGAGCUCAUUGUGAAAAGUGAUAGCGAGGCCGUCAAGGAGCACCAGUUCAUUCUCAAGCCCGUCUCAGGUCGGGCUGGCCUGGAGAUGGACAAGACAGGCAAACACGAUAGGCCGAAAAUGAAGGCACGUCUGCUGUUUAACGAGCUCGGAUUUGUUCUAGACGACACACAGUACCGUGAUGCGCUCAUGCUGGUCGAUCUUUUCCAUUACUUCAUACGGCACCAAGAGUUUCGAAAGUAUCAGCCAGACAAGUCGCCGAAAGAAGACCCUCGUGCUUGGUUGCAAUUCGCAGGCAAAGCCAUUCUGGAUCGUAUACAUGACAAGAACAAGCGUUGGUCGUGGGCCUACUUCGCGGAGAGACGAGAUGAUCGCAAGCAUUACAUUCGACUCUUCAAGAAGAAGAAGCGGGAAGAGAAACUCGCCCCAGAGGAGAACAAAGAGCUCGACCGACUCGAACACAAGCUCACGUACGAAGACCUGCGAUUUUGGCGAUCACUUGCACGAAACGAGUUGCGUAAGGAGGGCGCCCUAAACAAGCCGAAGCCUCAACAGGGUGGCUGGACUUCUUGGAUCUGGGGCUCUUCUAACAAGCAGCAUGAGGCUUCAGACGAUAGCCAAAUGACCGAGGACCAGCGCAAAGAGCUGUACGAGGCCAUUGAGUUUAACGAAAAGCAGCAGAUCACCGAGGCGGUCGAUGCUCCGAAAGAUGCAAUCAAGAUGCAGGUUGACAUGAACCUGAAGACUGGCAGCUUCACACUCAGACGAGAUCCGCACGGCAAGAAGCAGGACAUGCUGAAGCUCAUGUUUGAUGACUUUAGUACAGAGUUGAUACAGCGGACAGACUCCAUGUUGGUGGACCUGAGUCUAGGCGGUAUGCGACUGUACGAUGGCUCAACAGAGGGCAAUCUCUAUGAGCAAAUGUUAUCUGUCAAGGAUGCGCCCCCGGUGGCCGACAAGGAUCGCAUAAAAGAAUUGGCUGACGACGAUCAACACGGUGACCAGGAUGAUGGAGAGGAUGAUCCCGAAGACGACGAUCCGUUCUUCGCAGUGUCUUUCGAGAAGAACCCCAUAGACGGUCGAGCCGACACUGCUCUCACAGUCAAGCUGAAAGCUAUGGAGGUGGUGUACAAUCCGAACUUUGUAGUGCAGGUCACCAAGUUCUUCAAGCCACCCGACAAACACAUGGACUCUAUUGGAGCCUUGAUGGAAACAGCGGGAUCGACUGUCGAAGGCUUUCGCCAACAGACCAGAGCUGGGCUCGAGUAUGCCUUGCAAGAACACAAAACAAUCGACGUACAAAUGGAUCUUCAGGCGCCUCUCAUCAUCGUGCCUGAUACAGUCACUAAGCAGAGCACGAUCUGUCUGAUUCUUGAUGCAGGUCAUAUCGCCGUUCGCAGUGAGCUCAUAGAUCGCGACACGAUCAGGGAUGUUGAACAGAAGCAGAAGCAGAAGUACACCGAUCGGGACUACAAGAAGCUUGAGUCGCUUAUGUACGACAAGUUUCGAGUAGAUCUCAAAGCUACUCAGGUGCUCAUCGGCAGUACCAUCGAUGAGACGAAAAAGCAGCUCGAAGACGAAUCGGAGAACCGCAGCUAUCAUUUGAUUGAUCAGAUCAACAUGGACUUCCAGAUCGAUACCUGCAUUGUGCCAAAGGCGACCGACCUGACAAAGUUCAGGGUGCAAGGGCACCUUCCCGUGCUUCAUGCGAAGUUCUCUGACCAGAAGUACAAAGCUUUGAUGAAGCUUUUGGACUUUGCAAUACCGAAGUUCAAUCAGGACGAGCCAACUCAAGCUAGAGAGCGUCCCAAAUCAGCUGAUGCAGAAAAGCUGAAGGCGAGACGCAAGAGCGAGGCAACAAGACCGCGAGGCAAGUCUUUCCAAGUGUCUGGUCGCAACGACGACCUUGCCCACGAGAUUGAGAAGGGUGCCGAAGAGAAGCAGCAUGACUUGAAACGCAACAAGGAUGCCCACGGCAAAGACACGCCCGAAGUCAACUUGCAACAGCGCAACUUCGAGUUCAAAUUUACCGUGGACAAGCUACAAGGCUCAUUGUACAAGUCGGACCCAGAGGGCAAGGAACCGGACCGUCUUCUGGUGGCACUGAUCGCGGAGUCAUUCUAUCUUGAGUUUUACCAGCGUGCCUUUGACAUGGUGGCCGACGUCAAGCUGAGAAAGCUCGCUGUGGAAGAUCACGUCGAGGACAGUCCUGCCGAAGAGUUCAAGAACCUCAUCACGAGCGAGGAUCUGAAAACGAAGAAGCAGGAAGAUCUCUUGAGCAUCCAUUUCCAGAUGGUCAAUCCAAACCACCCAGAAUUUGAGAGCAAGUACGAAGGUGUCAAGAUCAAUCUUGAUGCGGCCGUGUCGACGAUCAACCUUAUGGUCACGCGGAAGACAUUGCUCACUCUACUCGAUUUCGUUAUGGUUACGUUCACGGGCGGCGACAGCAACCAACAGCAGAUACAAUCCGCGAAGGAACACAACGAGGAUGAGGAAGAGGAGAUAGAGAAGCCUCAGCCGAACCAAGACAAGAUCCGCAUCCAAGCCAAACUCAACCGUAUCGCUGUCAUCCUCAAUAACGAUGGUAUCCGUCUAGCCACACUGAGUCUGACAUCCGCUGAUGUCAAUGUCUUUCUCAGCGGCAAAGCUCUGCGAGUUGGAGCCAGACUUGGCGCUCUGGAUCUUGUCGACGACAUCAACCAGGGUGUUUCUGAGCAAUCUGCUCUUCGACAGCUAAUCUCUAUUCAAGGCGAAGAGCUCGCAGAUUUCGCUUACGAGACCUUCGAUGCCGAGUCGAAAGACUACCCGGGCCACGACAGCUCGAUCUAUCUUCGAUCUGGCUCGAUUAAGAUCAACUUUCUCACAGAGCCGUUCCGAAAGAUCAUGGAGUUUGGUGUCAAGUUUGGCAAAAUGCAGGCCAUCUUCAAUGCUGCUCGGCAGGCGGCUGCAAAUCAAGCUAGCAAGGUUCAGGAGUCUGCUAGCAAGAUGCACUUCGACAUUGUCAUUAGCACUCCGAUCGUUUCCUUCCCACGCAUGGUGGUGACCGAGACUGCGGAACGAGACGUGGUAACGGCGUACUUGGGUGAGAUCUACGCGAACAACAAGUUCACUGCGGUCGAGGGCAGCACAGACACAGCCAACAAGCUUUCUGCAGGAAUACACAACAUUAGGCUCACCUCCGAGUUUCACUACACAGAGGGCAAAUCUGAGGAGUUGGAGAUGAUCGACCAGGUGAACUUGGACUUCAACAUCACACAAGUUGAGCACAGGUCUGGGCUCAAGCAGCCUGAUAUGGAGAUCGAAGGCUCCAUGUCGAAUAUGAAUCUCAAGUUGACGGAAGCUCAGCUCAAAUUCGUCCUGGAACUGUCUCGAAACAUUCCCCAAGCUUUUGCACUCGAGGACAGCGAAGAGCUAGAGGAGGAAGCGCACGAAGAGUUACCGGAGCACCUCGUUGAGCCAGGCAAAUCUGUUCCGACUGCUGAAGAGAAAAAGUCUGCGGAAGAUGCCCCAAGUCAACCUUCCCAUCAGGACCCGGAGCUGGGAUCAGACAAAGACACCUGGACCAAAUUGGAUCUUGUCUUCAAGAUUGGAGCUGUUGGCUUGGAGCUCAUUCAAGGACCGCCCGAUGAGCCAGUCGGCGACCUUGAAGCCGCCAGUCUGUCCAAGUUCUCGCUGAACGAGACCAGUGUGAAGCUGCGCAUGAUCAGUGACGGUGCUCUCGAAAGUGAACUCCUAAUACAGUCAUUCACCAUCACGGAUACGAGGAAACAGGAGAAAAACAAGUUCCGCAAGAUCAUGUCCUUGAUCAACACCGAUGUGAAGCAACAGUUCAUGGCUAGCGUAUUGAUAUCUGGAGGAGAUGACAAACACCUCAUUGCUUUACUCACCAUAGAUAGCCCGAGAGUCGUGCUGGCGUUGGACUACCUAUUUGCGGUGUCGAACUUUGUACAGGACGGCCUGAAGCAGAACGAGCCGCUUGCUAUCGAGGAAGACAGCGACGAGAACGCUGAUGGGGAAAAAGCAGACGACGCUAGUGUCUCCACGAAAGAAAUCGUCAAGCGAAGAGAGACAGAGCACGAGCAGAACAAACAAGAAGGCCAGAGCGGCAGCGGCAUGCAGAUCUCCUAUCGCGUUAAUGUUGUUGAUGCGCAGGUCUUACUGAUCGCCAAUCCUACAAUCAGCAAUUCCGAAGCGAUCGUGCUGGGGACGAAACAGGUACUGGUCUCACAGCAGCACGCCAUGACACUACAAGUUGAGAAGAUCGGCAUGUUUCUCUGCCGCAUGGAUCAGUUCGAGACCACACGAUUACGCAUACUGGACGAUUUUAGCAUACAGACGUCCUUAGACAUGCGCUCUUAUGGUGAGGAUUCUUCCCUUUGCAGCAUCCAGGUGGACAUCGAGCCGCUCGUGCUGCGCCUGUCCCUUCGGGACAUCAUGCUCGCUAUGCAGAUCUUUCAACGAGCAUCCGCCAUGUCAGCGAGCCAAGAUAAAGGCAUGGCAGACGAAGGACCCAAGAAGAUCGAUCAGGUCAAGGCGGCUUCUGCAAAGAGCACGAAGAAGGGCCUCAAAUCUGGUGCGAAGUCGACGCAGAAGGUCACCGCAAAUACCAUCAGCACGAAGAAGACCACGCCGUCCAAGCAGGCCGAAGCAAAGAGUGCCGUUGGAUCUGCAGUUCUCAAGCGCGAGGAGAUGAAAAUCUCUUUGGAAGGUAUUCGUGUUGUGCUGAUUGGCGACUUGCACGAAUUGCCAAUGCUGGAUUGGAGCGUCCGAAAGUUCGACGUCGAUGUGCGUGACUGGACUGGUAACAUGACUGCCGAUACCAGCAUUGACACCUUCUUCAACGUGUACAACUUCUCGAAGUCGGCCUGGGAGCCGCUCAUUGAGCCAUGGCAGCUUGGUUUCCACAUGGCGAAGGAGACAACCCCUGACAAACUAUCGCUUGAGCUGUACUCGAGAAAGAGUCUCGAACUCACCAUCACAAGUGCCACAAUCGCGCUGGCAUCCAAAUCGGCGACGUUCCUGUCGAGUGAGGAAGACGUGCUAUCAAAGCCACGAGGAAAUGACGCUCCGUAUCGCAUUCGAAAUUGGACCGGCUUCGAUGUUGAUGUCUGGGCUAGCUCAGACCACAGUGAAGACGGAGAAGCAGCCAAGCUCGAAGACGGCGAAGAAAAGCCAUGGCGUUUCGAGGACCCUACUACCACCCGGGAGACACUUUCCCCAGAAGGUCAGACUGGCAUCAUUGGCAUCCGCCUUGAAGGCAGCGGCUUUGACAGUAUCGACCGCAUUCGGGUCAGUCGUGAAGGCGAGCAGCUUUAUAACUUGAAGCCGCGGAAGGACAAGGUGCAGCACCGCAUGCUCGUGGAAGUCAAACUUGGCACAGACAACGUGAAGUACAUCACUUUGCGAUCGCCCAUGCUCGUGGAAAACCACACUCAGAUCCCGCUUGAAAUCGGCGUCUAUAGCCCAGAUGAGGGGCAUCUCCUCAAGAUCGAGAAGAUUGCACCGGGCGAGAGCCGACCAGCUCCUGUCGGUGCUGCCUUCAUGCACUCGCUGGUCGUACGGCCCGAUCAAGGAUUCGGCUAUACUUGGUCGAACGAGCGUCUGUUCUGGAAAGAUUUGCUCAAGCGUCCCGUCCGCACGCUUACCUGCCAGGGCGAGAACAACGAUCAGAGUGCACCAUUCUACUUCCAGAUGCAAGCGUCGUUCGACAAGAACAACCCACUUACCACCGUCUAUCCAUACAUGCGCCUGCGCUUAUCGGCGCCAAUCGAGGUACAGAAUCUUCUUCCCUUCGACUUCAAGUAUCGCAUCUACGACAAGAACACGAAGAAGGACUGGACCAACUUCUUGCGCAAAGGAGGUGUCAGCCCAGUCCACGUGGUUGAACUGUCACAUCUGCUCUUGAUGAGCGUUGAUAUGCAAGACACUCCGUUUAAGAGUAGCGAGUUCGCAAUCAUCAACACCAACAACGAGAACGACUUCAGGCGCGAGAAAAACAUCACUGUCAAGGACAACAACAAUUUGGAGUUGCGACUAAAAGUACACUACUACAAUGUACCUGACAGCGGCGGUGCAUUCAAGAUCACCAUCUACAGUCCCUACGUGAUCCUGAACCGCACUGGUCUUGAGCUUGACAUCCGGAGUAAGGCGGCCUAUUUUGGUGGUACCAAGUCUGCAGCUGGAUCUGGCACAUUCGCCGACACUGAAGAAGAUGCGCGAAGGGCGACUCCGUUCAUGUUCUCGUUCCCCACAGAUGAUCGCAAGAAUCGUGCCCUGAUCAAGGUAGGAGACUCUGCCUGGAGUCAGCCGGUUAGUUUCGAUGCGAUCGGGGCGAACACAGACGUCAAGCUACCUUCAGCCUCUGGUCGCGAGGAGAUGCAUUGUGGUGUCAGCGUGACUGAGGGUGAAGGCAAGUACAAAUUCACGAAGGUCGUUGCGGUCACGCCACGGUUCAUAGUGAAGAACAAGCUAUCAGAGGAGAUACAGAUACGGGAACCCGGAUCGUCGGAGGCGUCUACCCUAAAGCCAGGAGAGCUGCACCCGUUGCGCUUCUUGAAGCAGACUACAGGGCAACAGUUGAGCCUUUGCUUCCCUGGCGUGAACAACUCUUGGUCAUCACCCUUCGACAUUGCAAACAUGGGCAGCGUCCACGUCAAGCUGGCAAAGACUGGCGAGCGGCAGAAGCUCAUUCGUGUGGAGAUUCUGAUGGAGAAUGCAAUGAUCUAUUUGCACUUGAGCCUCGAGACCAAACAUUGGCCAUUUUCUAUGAGAAACGAGAGCGACCAAGAGUUCCUGUUCUGGCAGGCCAACCCCAAUGUUGACGAAGAUGAAGAGGACAGGAGCUCUGGCUGGAAGCCGAUCCGCUACAGGCUACCGCCGAGAAGCAUCAUGCCAUACGCCUGGGACUAUCCAUCGACCAAGAACAAAACCUUAGUCAUCAGCAGUAACGGCAAAGAGCGACACGUGAAGUUGGCAGAGAUAGGCAACCUGAUACCAAUGAGGGUGCCUGCUAAGCAGGGCGAGCCUAACAGGCAAAAGAUCAUCGACCUCAACGUAGUCGCAGAUGGGCCAACGCAGACUCUUGUCAUGAGCAAUUACAAGCCGCAUAUGAGCCUGUACAAGCAGAAGCCAGCAGCAGCCAGUCAGUCUACUACUGCAGGCUUCGAGGUCAAAGAGCAGGACACCGACGUUACCAUGAGAGCGACCAUUCGCUUCGCUGGCAUCGGACUGUCUUUGGUCAAUUCGCAACUUCGCGAGUUGGUUUAUGCCACUUGGAGGGAUAUCGAACUCAAGUACACAGACUCACCACUUUACCAAACAGUGGCAUUGACCAUCAAGUGGAUACAGAUUGAUAAUCAGCUCUAUGGCGGUAUCUUCCCGUUGAUCUUCUACCCCAGUGUGGUACCCAAGACCGGCAAAGAGAUGGAAGUACAUCCCAUAUUCCGGACCACAGUUACCAGAGUCAAGGACGAUUCUUAUGGCGUCUUGUACAUCAAAUAUGCUACAUUCUUGAUGCAACAAAUGACCAUUGAGAUCGACGAGGACUUCAUCUUCGCGGUCCUUGACUUCACCAAGGUCCCCGGCGCAAGCUGGACCGAAGAAAAGGAAGGUCAGCUUGCACCAGACAGUCUUGAGGUACCAGAACCUACACAGCAGCAAGGAGGACAGGACAUCUACUUCGAGCUGUUGCACCUACAGCCGAUGCAGUUCGAUCUGUCCUUCGUCCGAACCGAGCGAAUCAAUGCCGAGGAUACAGGAAGCUCGUCGAGCAACCCAUUCAUGUUCGCCGUCAACGUCCUGACCAUGUCUAUCGGCAACGUCAACGAUGCACCGAUCCGCUACAAUGCUCUCAUGCUGGAGAAUGCGCGCUUGAGCACUGGUGCUCUGAUUGCCAACAUACAAAGCCACUACGUACAGGAGAGCUUGCGACAGGUCCACAUAGUGAUUGGAUCUGCUGAUUUCUUGGGCAACCCUGUUGGUCUCUUCAACAACAUCUCAUCUGGUGUGGCGGACAUCUUCUACGAGCCGUACCAGGGACUCGUUACCGAUCGACCGCAAGACCUCGGAGUCGGCAUCGCAAAGGGGGCUAGCAGCUUCGUCAAGAAGUCGGUCUUUGGUCUCAGUGACAGUGUGAGCAAGUUCACUGGCAGCAUCAGCAAAGGUCUUGCUGCUGCAAGUAUGGACAAGGAGUUCCAGGAUGCUCGUCGCAUGUCACGAUCACGCAACAGGCCAAAGCACGCUCUAUACGGUAUCACUUCCGGUGGCAACGCCUUCGCGUCCAGUCUGGCAAGCGGUAUUGGUGGUCUCGCCAGGCAGCCCAUGCAAGGCGCUGAGAAGGAAGGUGCAGCCGGUUUUGUCAAAGGCGUGGGCAAAGGUCUGCUAGGUCUCGCUACCAAGCCUGCCAUUGGUGCGUUCGACCUAGCAUCCAGCAUGGCCGAAGGCGUCCGCAACACAACCACCGUCUUUGACCAAGAAGGCCUCGAUCGCGUCCGCCUCACACGUUUCAUCGGUAUAGAUGGCAUCGUCCGUCCAUACAGCCAACGCGAAGCUCUCGGCCAAUUCUGGCUCAGGACCCUCGACAACGGCAAAUACUUCAACGAGCAGUACAUUGCCCACCUCGAGCUUAACUCAGGCUCGCAGGGCAACCUCUCCAGCCCUACCUGUCCUUCGUCUCCCAGCGGCAGCGGUGGUGCACGCGCAGCACAACAGGCGGAGGCGAGCAUGCUGGUGAUGAUCACGUACAAUGCCAUUAUGCUGGUGAGGGCUAAGCGUCUCACCAGUGAGUGGGAAGUGCCAUUGAAGGACAUCCAAACGAUCAGCAAGGAGAGAACUGGUAUGAGUAUCAUCUUGAAGGGAGGAACCAAUGGGCCUUUUGUUCCUAUCGCGGACGAGCAGAGCAGGAAUUGGUUGUACAAGCAGGUUGCUGUGGCGGUUAAUGCGUACAACGAUAAGUGGAACGCGAAGGGCUAG